ACGGCUAGUCUGUCGCAAUCAAGAACCAUUUCGCGUCGAUCAACAAUUUACCAUAGCAAAAUAGUCGAGUGCCGUAUCGGACCGAGUGCGAAUAGCUCGUACGGAACAAACGUGUGGUCAAAUGUCCGUCUUAAUUCUACGCAAAUAUAAAUACACGACAGACGAGCAAGUCACAGUUGCGCGCGUUUCCUUUAACGUCAAAUAAAAUCAAGCAGGAAAUAAGACUAGGACAAACGAAUACUUUGCAGUAAUCAGAAAUGGUGGCUCAUAUUGGAGAAUAUAAGGAAGCUUUGGCACCAAGUGAAGUGGAACACGUGACAACAAAUACAAGAAAGUGUUCACAAAUGAAAUGUGUGCCGUUUUAAGGUCGAAGUUAAGAACGAAGAAAGGAGACAGCUUCAAAAAACGAAGAUAAUUCCGUGUUCAUUUUGACGAUAAAAAUGUCAUUUCGAGGACAAAUGUCAACUAGAAAGAAGGAUCGUGUUGUGCCAUAAAGUUGAAAGUUACGUUAUCUUUCGAAAUGUCAACGAUCCGAAAAUAUGAAAGUUUAGUUUUAGUAAUUUCUGCGUUCUGGAGACACAGGAUUGUACAGCCUGAAACUGGAUUAAUUUACGCGAAGAAAUAAGUUGAUAAUGUAGAGUAACGAUCUUUUCUUUCAUUUUCGAAUAAAUAGUUCGAGUGAUAAGUAGAUAAUUUUUGUUACGUCUAUAUAUACAUAUGUAUAUACAAACAAAUAAUAUACACAUAUGCACAUACAUAUGUACGCAAUAUCAGAACGUUUUUCUUUGUUAGGCUUUCAUUCCCAAUAUGCAGAACAGUUUUGGAAGAACAGAAUCAUUUCAACAAUCGACAAGAAACUUUCAGAGAACUGAAAAUAUUGAGUUAGAAGACUGUUGCUUGGGUGCAUUGCGCGUAAUGAGUGUUGCAUGCAAUGUAGCAAUACUAUACGUCAUUUAUCAUUUAUAUUGCCAUAUUUAUUAUGAAAUGGAUUUGGAAUUGGAAAUUGCAUGUGGAGAAUUCUCGGACGUGCACUUUUGUUACAGUGCAGCAGGCUGCAAUGGCACUAAAGUGCAAUGUUUAUACGACGCAAAAUAUCCCAAUAGGACUAUACCUAGCAUAAAGAUAUUUUGCAAAAUAGUACAACGAUCGCAGAAUAUAGCUACAUUAAAACCCGUGAAAUCUAGCAGGGGAAUUCAGCACAAUGAUCCGGAUCUGGAAGAUAGGAUACUGUAUUCAAGAAAAUUUCAGAUUAACUACGAAGAUUGUUGCUGCUGAAAAAUGUGGCAGUAAUAGCAUCGUAUAUUGAAGGAAAAGGAUCUACAUACAUAGCUUUCGGGAAGUUCAGUAAUUAAAAAUAGAAAAUUUUCUCAGAAGAAAAAAUUUUUGGAUCAAAUGGAUCUUGUCAUUUGUUCUACGUUUCGUUCACGGAUACUAGAUCCCUUCCUUUUUAAAAUCGAGAAGGUUUGGAAUUGUUUAGAUUGCUUAGAAUAAAAAAAGUAACUUAUUUGUACUAUUAUUACAUUCAUUACAAAAAUAAACGAAAUUGUGUGCUUAUUUUUUUUGUUAACAGUAGAGUAUCGGAGACGAGACUCGAUGAUAGUGCAACGUUGACCACAAAACGCCUUUAUUCCUAAUGUCCAUUUUUUUGGCGGAAUGUUAUCCAUAAAUAUUAGCGAUAUCCCUACUUAUCUCUGUUAGAAACGCUUUGAACUGGUUUAGCCGUUUUGCCAACUGAAGAACUUGGAAAAGUGAAACAGCCGAACAUGGCGGUCGCAACGAAUUCUUUCGAUACUUGGCUCAGCAAAAAGUUACAAGCUCUAAACACUGAUGAAGGUGUAUUUGGAUCAUACAUCAAAGGAAUUUUAGAAGGUGAUGAGACGGAGGAUGAGAAGACCGAAGCCCUUGAAGUCAUACUCGCGGGCAUAACGGAUGAUAACAUUAGCAAACUUGUGACUGAAAUCUUAAAAGCUUGGGCUGAGUGUCUACCUGUUGAAGAAGUUAGUGCUCCAAAAGUACCAGUAGAAGAUGUGGAUGUCAGAUUAGCGAGAAUGUUGGAAUCUCAGUCUCUCCCAACUACGACACAGAGAAGUUACACAGAAGAGGAGAGGAGAAUAAGAGAAGCUAUUCUUGCGCAGUAUAGUCAAAUGUCAGAAGAAGAGAACAGCGAAGGAGAUGGAGAAGAAGAUGGUGCAAGUGGUGGAGACUGUGGAAUCGAAAAGAAUACAAAUACAGCUACUAUAAUACAACAGGAGAGAGAAAAGAGGGAAAAAGCUAAGUUGGAGAGUCAGAGGAAGAAAGAGAAAGACAAAGAAGAUCGAGAGAAACAGAAACAGUUAAGGGAAGAGAAGAAGGAGAAACGAAAAACACAAAAAGGAGAACGGAGAAGGUAGCAUUGGGACAAGAGGACAUUAAGUUAUACUUCCAAAUUUCAAAUAAUCAAAUGCAAAUCAGCGAACAUAAAUAUCUAUAGUUAUUCUUGUGCAUGCAAUGUUCUUCAACAGUUACUUAAAUUAUUUAGUAAUUCUUUAGUAGAAUUUUGUGUGUGUAGAACGCAUAUCCUAAAAGAACACGAUAUGAGACAAGUAUCAAAAUAUACGCGUUUUGCAAAAAAUGUUAAUUCUAUGUAAUAAUGUUAACUAUAUCAUAUGUAUAUGUAUGUAAAACAUUG